CUCGCGGGCAGUGUCGCGCGCCGAGCAGUUCGCGCGGGAGCCGGGCGCAGGGGCGCCGAGGCUGCAGGUCGGUGGGAACGGAAGCGCCUGCGGGGCGGAGGGGAAGCCAGGAUGGCGACUCCGAGCAGGAAGACGUCGGCCCCGAGCACACUGGCCUCCAAGAGAGCUCUCCCGAGAGAUCCCUCAUCGGAGGUCCCGAGCAAGAGAAAGAGUUCGGCCCCGCCGGCGGCGCCGCCGCCACUGCCGCUGCAGUCGUCCAGGCCUUUCGUGGAAGGCUCUAUCGUCCGCAUCGUGAUGGAGAACUUCUUAACGUAUGAUGUCUGUGAAGUAUCUCCUGGACCUCAUCUGAAUAUGAUUAUUGGAGCUAAUGGAACAGGAAAGUCUAGCAUCGUGUGUGCCAUUUGUCUUGGAUUAGCAGGCAAACCUGCUUUUAUGGGACGGGCGGAUAAGGUUGGUUUUUUUGUGAAGAGAGGAUGUUCCAAAGGAAUGGUUGAAAUUGAAUUGUUCAGAACUUCUGGAAAUCUUGUAAUCACCCGUGAGAUUGACGUGGCAAAAAAUCAGUCUUCUUGGUUCAUCAACAAAAAAUCUACAACCCAGAAAGUAGUAGAAGAGCAAGUCGCAGCCUUAAACAUUCAAGUGGGCAAUCUGUGCCAAUUUCUACCUCAGGAUAAAGUUGGAGAAUUUGCUAAACUGAGUAAAAUUGAACUCCUUGAAGCCACUGAGAAGUCUAUUGGUCCUCCAGAAAUGCACAGAUACCAUUGUGAACUCAAAAACUUCAGGGAGAAAGAAAAACAACUAGAGACCUCAUGCAAAGAGAAAACUGAGUAUCUAGAGAAAAUGAUUCAGAGGAAUGAAAGAUAUAAACAAGAUGUGGAGAGGUUCUAUGAACGUAAGCGACAUUUAGAUUUGAUUGAGAUGCUUGAAGCUAAAAGGCCGUGGGUGGAAUAUGAAAAUGUUCGUCAGGAGUAUGAAGAAGUAAAACUAGCUCGAGACCGAGCGAAGGAAGAGGUGAGAAAACUUAAAGAAGGGCAGAUCCCCAUUACCCGUCGAAUGGAAGAAAUUGAGAAGCAGCGUCACGUUUUGGAGGCUCGAAUCAAAGAGAAGGCAACAGAUAUUAAAGAGACCUCUCAAAAAUGCAAACAAAAGCAAGAUAUUAUAGAAAAGAAAGAUAAACAGAUUGAGGAGCUUCAGCAGGCAUUAACCGUAAAGCAGAACGAAGAACACGACCGCCAGAGGAGGAUAAGUAACACUCGGAAGAUGAUAGAGGAUUUGCAAAAUGAACUGAAGAGCGCAGAAAACUGUGAGAAUCUUCAGCCCCAGAUUGAUGCCAUUACAAAUGAUUUGAGACGAGUUCAAGAUGAAAAGGCAUUAUGUGAAGGCGAGGUAAUUGAUAAGCGAGGAGAGAAGGAGAGCCUAGAGAAGGAGAGAAAGAGUGUGGGUGAUAAUAUUGUACGAUUUGACAAUCUUAUGAAUCAGAAGGAAGAUAAGCUGAGACAAAGAUACCGUGACACAUACGAUGCUGUUCUGUGGCUAAGAAAUAACCGGGACAAAUUUAAGCAAAGAGUCUGUGAGCCUAUAAUGCUCACGAUCAAUAUGAAAGAUAAUAAAAAUGCCAAAUAUAUUGAAAAUCAUAUUUCAUCAAAUGACCUGAGAGCUUUUGUAUUUGAGAGUCAAGAAGAUAUGGAGGUUUUCCUCAAAGAGAUUCGUGACAAUAAAAAAUUAAGAGUAAAUGCCGUCAUUGCUCCCAAGAGCUCAUAUGCAGACAAAGCACCUUCAAGAUCUCUGAAUGAGCUAAAACAGUAUGGAUUUUUCUCUUACUUGCGAGAAUUAUUUGACGCACCUGAUCCUGUCAUGAGCUUCCUUUGCUGCCAUUAUCAUAUUCAUGAAGUUCCCGUAGGAACUGAAAGGACCAGAGAGAGAAUUGAACGGGUAAUACAAGAAACCCGGUUAAAGCAAAUGUAUACAGCAGAAGAAAAGUAUGUGGUGAAAACUUCCUUUUAUUCAAAUAAAGUUAUUUCUAGUAACACAUCCCUAAAAGUAGCCCAGUUUCUCACAGUCACUGUGGAUCUAGAGCAAAGAAGACACUUAGAAGAACAGCUAAAGGAAAUUAAUAGAAAAUUGCAAGCAGUGGAAGCAGGGUUAAUUGCCUUAUGUGAGAGAAACAAACAUCUGGAACACAAAGACAAUGAACUUAGACAAAAGAAGAAGGAGCUUCUUGAAAGGAAAACCAAGAAAAGACAACUGGAACAAAAAAUUAGUUCCAAACUAGGAAGUUUAAAGCUGAUGGAACAAGAUGCUUGCAACCUUGAAGAGGAAGAGCGUAAAGCAAGUACCAAAAUCAGAGAAAUAAAUGUUCAAAAAGCAAAACUUGUUACUGAAUUAACAAACUUUGUAAAGAUCUGUACUUCUUUGCAUAUACAAAAAGUUGAUUUAAUUCUUCAAAAUACUACAGUGAUCUCUGAGAACAACAAAUUAGAAUCAGAUUACAUGGCUGCUUCAUCACAGCUCCGCGUCACAGAGCAACAUUUCAUUGAGCUGGAUGAAAGUCGACAGAGAUUACUGCAGAAAUGCAAGGAGCUGAUGAAGAGAGCUAGGCAAGUAUGUAACCUGGGUGCAGAGCAGACAGUUCCUCAAGAAUACCAGACACAAGUACCCACCAUUCCAAAUGGACACAACUCCUCACCCCCCAUGGCUUUCCAGGAUCUUCCAAACACAUUGGAUGAGAUUGAUGCUUUAUUAACUGAAGAAAGAUCAAGAGCUUCUUGCUUCACAGGACUGAAUCCUACAGUCGUUGAAGAAUACACAAAAAGAGAAGAAGAAAUAGAGCAAUUAACUGAGGAACUAAAGAUAAAGAAAGUUGAACUGGAUAAAUACAAGGAGAACAUUUCACAGGUGAAAGAAAGGUGGCUUAAUCCUUUAAAAGAGCUUGUAGAAAAAAUUAAUGAAAAAUUCAGCAAUUUUUUCAGCUCUAUGCAGUGUGCUGGUGAAGUUGAUCUACAUACAGAAAAUGAGGAAGACUAUGAUAAGUACGGAAUUCGAAUUCGAGUCAAGUUCCGCAGCAGUACGCAGCUGCACGAGUUGACGCCGCACCAUCAGAGCGGAGGGGAGAGGAGCGUUUCCACCAUGUUGUACUUGAUGGCGCUGCAGGAGCUGAAUCGGUGUCCGUUUAGAGUCGUUGAUGAAAUCAAUCAGGGAAUGGACCCGAUCAAUGAACGGAGAGUGUUUGAAAUGGUUGUAAAUACUGCUUGUAAAGAAAAUACCUCUCAGUACUUCUUUAUUACGCCAAAGCUCCUGCAAAAUCUCCCUUAUUCUGAAAAAAUGACGGUGUUGUUUGUCUACAACGGUCCCCACAUGCUGGAACCUAACAGAUGGAAUUUAAAGGCUUUCCAAAGGCGGCGGCGCCGUAUCACGUUCACGCAACCUUCUCAAUAAAAGUAAAGGGCGAGAACCUUGGAGUUUUUUUGGUUAAAUCCUGUUUAUAAAUAUGGCUCACCUGAAUAAAAGGAGAUUCAUUAAGACUGAGAUGGGUCAUUUUUGGAAACCUGUUAAAAACAAAUGGGUUGAUGAAUGGACACCAUAGUAACUUCUUUCUGUGGAACCUCAUCUGAUAGUAGAAAUUAAGUCUUCAGUUUCUGUUGAACUUAAGCGCUUGGCCCUCUGACCCUGAGUCAUUGGGUUCCCAUGGGGAAAGGUAUUUACUGGUUCACAUCACAGGUACAGGGGAAGGGGCUACCCAUCACAGAAGUGUGGUUGACGGUAAUCCCGAGCUUUAAUUCCAGAGGAACUUAAAUUACUUUCAGAGUGUUAAGAGGACUCUACAGCUCAAGUCAUAGUUUCCUCCCAGUGUUAUAUGGAAAUGUCUAGACUAAUUUAUGACAAAUCUAUUCAUUUCUUCCUAUUAAAAAGGAUUACCUUAUCUCCACUAGGAAAUGGAAUUUUAUGGGCCUUUAAAAAAUUUUUAUGAAACUUGACACUAUAAUUGUAUUGGUAUCUCUAGGGAAAAACAUACUGGGCUUCAAAAAUGGUAGGGGACAUCUCCGAAAUGCCACGAGGUGGCCACUAGAUGACGCAGCAUGCCAACCAAAAGAUUGACGGGGUAAAAAAAUCAAGUGAAGGGUUUUUAAAGAAUAACCCUGUAAAGUGUGUGUGUGGUUUUGUUUUGUUUUUAAUUUAAAGUCAAUUGUAUUUUACAUCUUCAAUUUCUAAAAGCAUUUUUAUAAUUAUUUUUAGUAAGAUUUUUUCUUAAGAUUUCAUAUACUGGUUUCUACAAUUUAUAUUUGAAAUUUCUCAGUGUUAUGUCAAGAGUGAGGGAAGCAUUGAUUUGUUUUAAAACAUAAUGUUUCUAGAACCUAAGCUUUUAGGUCCUUCCUUACGGUGUUGAUCCUACCCUCAUUGUCUUAAAAAAUCUAGUUUAAACUGAGCAAGAAAGAAGUAGAUGAGAGAAUCAUUUGUUUAUCUCUGAGUUAAUUAACAGUGCCAAAACCAGUUCUCUUCUUUUAAAAAAUAAAGCUUGUGAGAUAGUGGACUAAUCCAAGAACAUGUCUCUGAACAGUGAAUUGGAUCUGUUCCAGUAAUGACAAAAAAAAAUUUUUUUGACUCGGUAGCUUGAAUAAAUGGAAGAAUUGCAUUCAGUUUGGGUUUUGUAGAUUCAUGAAUAGCCAUGGAAAUUUAUAUUCUUAUUAGGUCUAGAAAUAAUGAACCAUAAGUCUAUAUCCUCUCACUUGGACAUUUUCUCUUUAAAAGAUUUUUUUUUCUGGAAAAAAAUUUUAAAAGAGCCUUCUCCUCUUAGCCUAAUUGCAUGUAUUAUGAAAAUAUUUUAAAAUAACAUUUUUACUCAUGUAACAACUCACGUAAACAUUGAAAAACUCGGUAACCUAUUAGUAAGUGGAUGUUGUUACCAAAUUUUUCUGUUGUUUAAUACUUUGUUUUCCGCCAAAGUAUCUUUACUAAUAUGUGCUUACUGUCAUUUGCCUAUUGUCUGAGUACCGGGUAUCUUAUUUCUGCAAAAUGAUUAUCAGUGUGAAAAAGGAGCUUGAAGAUGAGGCGUGUUUGGCGGGGUGGAGUCAAGUACAUUUCACUUUACAUGUGGCAGUAAUUACUCUAUACCUUGUUUGUAAGCAUUUUCUAUUUCUCUACUGGACAAAUACUUAGUUUUACAUUGGAUUUUGAGCUGUAAAGGAAAAAUUAUGUAUCAUUUUAACAUAUUAAUAAGAAUAUAUGUCUAACAUUAUAUUCUCAGCCACUUAAAACUUCAUAUAUUUUCUGCAGAAGUUGACUUCUAAUUACAUACAAAUUGUAAAAACACCAAGUUAAAGUCUGAUUUGAUGAAUAAAAUAUUUAAAACCUGAAGGUGACAGGUAUUUUUAAUGAGCAAAUCUUCAUUGAUUUGCCUAAGGAGAGAGUCUCUAUUCACAGAUUUUUAGUGUUCAAAGUACAAAAAGAUUUUUUUGCUGCUUUCUGUUUGUCUUUUGGACAUGUGCUUAUUUUCUUUGGAGUAUGAAUCUUUAGUAUGUGAAAAAUGUAAUUUUGUCCUGCUAUAGUGUGUGUCUACGUGUGUGUGUGUGUAUAUAACUGGGGGGAAAAUCUCUGUGGGAAAUGCUACUUUGUUGGUAAUAAAUGCGUAUUUUCAUAUU